AUGAUUUUCCUUAUGUUAUACCUCCUCUUCGUCUUUAAUGCGAUUACCAAUUCAGUCACUGACGGGAAACCACUACUCAACUCCUACGGGGACGACAUAGCCCUCGACUGUGGCUCAUCGUCAGUAAACAGCACACGACAAGGUGAGGGACGGAGCUGGGAUGGAGACGUCAGCUCAAAACUGUUUGUCUCAACGAGUCAAAAUAAUAGCGCCUCUAGAAACACGGAGGCUGUUAACAAAGUCGACGAAGUACCAUAUAGAACAGCACGAUUCUCCCACUCGGAAUUCACCUACACGAUACCAGUAAUCUCUGGCAUAAAGUUCAUCCGGUUGCAUUUCUCCUCAGCCAAAUACAAGGACUUUGAUAACUCCAAAGCCUUCUUCUCCGUCGAAGCGGGUCAAUACAACUUUCUAAGAAACUUCAGCGUUAUUCUUAAUUCUAAGGGUCUUUGCAGCGGAGACAAAUUAGUGAAAGAAUUCUGCGUGGCUGUAGAGACUUCUAACCUAACCUUAAAAUUUAGUCCCACCUCUUCAAUUUCUGACGCUAUUGCUUUCGUCAAUGGAAUCGAAAUUGUGUCCAUGCCCGCGGAUCUAUAUUACUCAGAGCACGAAGGAUACCUUAAUUAUGUAGGGCAGGUGUAUAGGUAUGUCUUGAAUAACAACACUGCUAUGGAGAAUGUGUAUCGAGUUAAUAUUGGUGGACAGUUUAUCUCUCCAGCUGAAGCCGAUUUCUUCCGUAGUUGGGAGGACUUGAACUGCGAACAAUCUCUUUAUCUGACGAUGCAGUCUUAUUUAUUAAGUGCUUUACCACCUAUGCUGCCUAAUGCUAGUCUGGUAAUGUCAAAGAGAAUCGCACACUACAUCGCACCUCAACGGCUCUAUCAAACCGCCAGGUCUAUGGGUCGAACGGCUGCCAUAAACAAGGGCUACAAUCUUACAUGGGAAUUCCCUUUAGAUGUAGGGUUUUAUUACAUGGUAAGGUUGCACUUUUGCGAGAUUGAUCCUCGAGUUAAGUCAGAGGGUGAUCGGAGAUUUAUUAUAUUCAUGCUGAAUCAGACAGUGGAAAGAUACGCGGAUGUGAUAGCAUGGAGUGGCGGUCAAUAUUCUCCAUAUUUUAAGGACUACAUCGUAUGGGUUGAUAAAGGAGUAGGCGAGAAGAAGAAAAAUCUCUCUAUAGCUCUGCAGGCAAACCCAGACGAUGGGGAAACGACAUAUUCUGAUGCAAUUUUAAAUGGGGUAGAAAUAUUCAAAUUGAACGAUACUGAAGGCAACUUAGCCGGACCUAAUCCUGACCUUCCUCAUCUACCCAGCAUGAAGAAUGAGAUAAAGAAUAAAACAAACCGAACAUCAAUUAUUGGAAUAAUUUCCGGUGUAGUAUCCGGUGCAGCAGUUACACUAUCCUUCAUUGGCUUCUUGGUUCUCCGGAGAGGAAGAAAAGUCAAAGCAUCCGGCCACAUUUCUCUAACCGCUACUAAGUCAAGCAAGACUGGAGGGUCAUCAUCAUUGCCGUCUGAUCGUUGUCGUUACUUUUCACUGGUUGAGGUCAUAGAUGCCACAAAUAAUUUCGAAGAUAUUUUCAUUAUUGGGGUCGGAGGAUUCGGUAACGUGUACAAAGGAUACAUAGACAAUGGGACCACGCCGGUUGCCAUCAAACGUCUGAAGUCUGAGUCAUCGCAAGGGAUCCAAGAGUUCAAGACUGAGAUCGAGCUGCUCUCCCAUCUCCGCCACCGCCAUCUUGUCUCUCUCAUUGGUUACUGCAACGAUGACCGUGAGAUGAUCCUCGUGUACGAUUACAUGGCCCAUGGAACCCUCCGUGACCAUCUCUACAAAACUGAAAACCCACCUCUGACGUGGAAACAACGGCUCGAAAUUUGUAUUGGAGCAGCUAAUGGAUUGCACUAUCUCCAUACUGGGACAGAGUAUACGAUCAUCCAUCGUGACGUUAAAACUACAAAUAUCUUGCUGGAUGAAAAAUGGGUGGCCAAGGUUUCGGACUUUGGUUUAUCAAAAACUGGCCCCACUAGCAUGUCCAAAGGCCAUCUCACCACAGUUGUCAAGGGUAGUGUUGGGUAUUUGGACCCGGAAUACUACAGGCGUCAACAGCUGACAGAGAAGUCCGACGUUUACUCAUUUGGUGUCGUUUUGUGUGAGGCUCUAUGUGGUAGGCCACCUAUAGUAAGGACCGCAGAGAAGGGACAAGUGAGCCUUGCCGAAUGGGUACAGAGUUGCUAUCACAACGGAAGACUUAAUGAGAUUAUUGACCCGUAUCUGACGGGUAAGAUUGCACCAGAGUGCCUGAAGAAAUACGGUGAGUUAACCGUUCAAUGUAUGCUGGAUAACGGGACGGAAAGACCGUCAAUGAAGGACAUCGUGUGGGGUCUGGAGUUUGCAAUGCAGUUGCAGAAUAAUGCGGAGGGCAAUGACAGUGUUGGUGGGAAAAUCAUGAAAACGAUGUCUGUGGAAGAGGUGGCUCUCUUGAAAAAUUAUAGCAAUGACAGCGAUGGGGCAUUUACUAGUAGCUGGGCAGACACGACUGAGUCAAAAAGCAACACCGUGACUAAAAUUAUCAGUAGUAGCGAGCAGGGUUCUACUACAGACGACUCUAGGAAAGGAAUGUCUGGGACUGUGUUCUCCGAGAUAACUGAUUAUCCAAAUGGGAGAUAAAUGAAUCAAUGUCUUACGUUGCCGAGCAAAGGCCAAAUAAAUGAACAAAUAUUAUAGUGCAUGGUGAUCAUCAUCGACUAGGCAGUAACUACAGUAAUUAAUGCCCCCUUCGGUUAUUAUUACUCAUGAGUCUAGAUCGAACUUUCUUUACCCUGAAAAA